AUGAUAGAAUUUUCCAUUCGAAAUACAGGAUCGGAUGUUGAGCAAAUUGUAAAAAUGCUGUCACUCCUCCUGCCAGAUAGUGGCUUACACCCGUGGGAAGUCACUAAAGAGGACCAAGUGCUCAUUACAUUGCGCUAUCUGGCCACCAACAGUCAUCAGACAGUGAUUGCGGACUGUUUUGGUAGAAGCCAGAAGGCGAAGGGCGAAGGCGAGGCCAGACGAAACUGGAUUCUUAUAUGA